UUCGGCUAUAAAAUGACUUGACUUGGUUUAUUGAUUGUUCAUAUCAAAACCUCAGUUCUUUUGGAAUACUUCAAUCUCUAGAAAAAAAACUAAAUCAACAUGUUCAAAUACACCGUUCUCAUCUUCGCUAUGAUUGCCUCCGCUGCUGCCAAACCAGGACUUGUUGCUCCACUCGCAUACUCAGCUCCAUUGGUUGCUGCCGCUCCAGGAGUUGUUACUGCCACUAGUAGCCAAGUGAUCGCAAGGAACUACAAUGGAAUCGCCACUGCUCCAGUUUAUGCUGCCGCUCCAGUUGCCAAGUAUGUUGCUGCUCCAUUAGCUGCUGCUCCUUUUGCUGCUGCUCCUCUCGCUGCUGCACCAUUGGCAGCUAAGUACGUAGCGUCGCCUUACGCUAGUCCAUUGGCUUACUCAGCUCCUUUGGCUGCUGCUCCUUUCGGUUAUGCUGCUUCAUACGGAUAUGCAUCUCCCUUCAGCUAUGCUGCAGCUCCUUUGGUUCUGUAAAAAGUUUGAUGAUAUGACGACAAAAAUAAAAGAACGUGACUGAUUGAAAAAAUUGUUUGAAUUUGAA